AUGAAUAGGUUAAUAUUAAAUAAAGCCACCUCAUCAAAUGAUGAGCCAACACCUGGAUACCUGUAUAAUGAGAUAUCUCAAAUGGCAUUUUGUUCUAAAGAAUCUUUAAAUAUGGUUGGGGAAUAUUUAUUAAAAAAAUUACAAAGAACUGAUUUAAAUGUUAAAUUAAAAACUUUAAAAAUCUUAAAACAUUUAUGUGAUAAAAAAAGAUCUGAUUUUCGAAACUUUUUAAAAAAAAAAAUAGAUAUUAUAAAAGAAUGUCAAAAUUGUAAUAUUGUUCAUGAUCAAUUAAAAGGGGAUACACCAUCUAUGCUAGUUCGUAAAGAAGCUACUGAUUUGAUAAAAAUUAUUUAUUCAUAUGAAACAGUAGAAAAUAAUGUUAAACCAAUUCCAAACAGUAAUCAAGAUAAUAUAAUCAAAAAUAAUAGAAUAGAAGGGUUUGGUAAUAGUGUAUAUCAAAAAGAUUUAAGUAAUUACCCAAAAGAAAAUAAUCCAAACUAUAUGUAUAAUAAUAAUAUCAGUGGAAAUAAUAAUAAUAAUUUUUAUGACCUUCAAAAUAUGAAGCAACAAGUUAAUGGAAAAAAUAUGACCUACCAAAGCAAUAAUUCUUUUAAUAGCUCAAACAAUUAUAUGAAUAAAAUGCCUGGCUUUGGUAAUCCAUAUUUUAAUCAAAACCCUGUACAAAAAACAAAAAGUGAAAUUGCUAUGAAAUAUUUAAAUGAAGUAGCAAAUAAAUAUAUACCAUCCUCUUUUGUGAAUAAAAUUAAUAAAGUUAGCACAACUAUUUCAAAAAAUUAUUCAAAUGGAUCUUUAAAUCUUCAAAAUAUAAUAGGAGGAAAUUCUUUUAAUAAAAAUUUUGAAAAGGGAAAUGUGAAAUAUGUUGAUAAUAGAAAUCCAGGAUGGGUAUCUAAUAAUAACAAUUUUAAUAAUUACAAUAAUACUAAAUAUUAUAAAAAUAAUAAGGGAAAGGAAAAAAUGAAAACCCCACAAGAAUCUCAAGAAUCGGGAUUAUAUGAAAAUAAAAUCAUUGAUGAUGUAUUAAAUACUACUGGUAUUAAUAAAGUCCCAUGUGAAAAUAUUGUAAAUGAAUUUGUUCAAAAAUGUGAUACAUUAGAUACUAAAGUAAUUAUUUGUAUCCUUACAUCUAAAUUAAAAACCAAUUUUGUGGAUGAAGAAGCAAAUUGGAAAUAUAAAAUCAAAGUAUUACAUGUUAUUAAGCACUUAUUAAUUCAUAGAAAGAAUAAAAAAAACAAUGAACAACUAAUUGAAACCUUCGAAAUUCUAUUACAUAAUUUAAAAAGACAAACCAUGGAAGAAUUAUAUAAAUGCAAAGAAAUUAAACAAUUAAAAAAACUUGCCAUAGAAAUAUUUGUAUUGAUGGGUUUAAAAGAAAAGCAACCGGAUGAAGAGCCAUUAAAAACGGUGCAAAGAAACGAUCAAAAUGGUAAUGCAUCAAAUUCUGAAAUACCUAAUUUAUUAGAUUUUGAUAAUGAUCCUAUUAAUAUUACACCUACAAAUAAUACCCAUACUCCUACAAAUAUGUUUAAAAACCCUAAUCCAAAUAAAAAUUUUCGAGACAUAGAUAUCGAUCUUAUAAAUUUUGAAAACAAUUCUAAUAAUAAUACAAAAAAAAAUGAUGAAUCUUUUGAUACUGUCAUAAGAAAUAUAGAUAAUAUUUCAUUAUCAAAAAACACAGAAUUGUUUAAUAGUUUGAAUGUCAAAGGUGCAUUAAAUUCUUAUAAUAAUACUGCUACUAAUGUUAGUGGUAAUACUAUUAAUAUGACAAAUGAAAAAUGUAGAGAAAGAAAUAAUUCGAUAAAUUCAUAUGGAAAAGCAAAUGAUAAUGCUUUUCUUAAUGCUUUAAUUUUAUUAAACCCUGAAACUAAUCAAAAGAAUACUGACAAUAAUAAUAUUGUAAAAACUCAAGAUAAAAGAUUAAAUUUAAAUGAUGGUGAUGAUUUUUUAAAUUUAGGAUCUACUAAUAAUACAAAAAAUCAUAAAGACAGUAUUAAUUCUUCAAAAAGUACAUACCUUGAAGAUAUGGAAAAAAUACAAUUUUCAAAAGAAAGAAAUAAUAUAGAUGAUAAAAAUAAACUAAAUAUCGAAACAUUAGAAAAUGAAAAUACUCAAUUUUAUGACCGAAACAAUUUAAAUAAUAUAAACGAAAAAAAUUCUAAUAAUGCAUGCUUAAUAGAUAUAAAUGAUAAUCUUCCCGAUAUGGAUAUUAAAAAAAACAACAACACUAACAGUUUUUAUAGUGAUCAAAAAAAUGUACUUAAUACAAAAUAUAAUUCUGAUUUUAUAAAUAAUUCUAUAAAUACAAAUGAUGAUAAAAUUAAUCAUUUUUUUAAUACAUUUACAAUUUCUCCUAAGAAACCUGAAAAACCGAAUGAAAAGCCGAAUGUCAAACUUGACGCAUUUGAAUUGAUGGCAGAUGAAAUGAAGUUAUAA